AUGAGGACGCGCAGGGAUCGCAAGUUCCAGCUGUGGGACAUGUUGUCCCAGUUCGUCUUCCUCGGCGGCGCCCUCGCGGCCAACCUGCCCCUGACCACCGACGCCAACUGCAACUGCUACCGCACCAACGCGACCACGUCCAACUACUUCGCCCACCACCUCUUCUUCGACUUCCGCAACCUGCCGCAGUACGCCCGCGUGCCGCCCCUCAUCGGCGACCCGGACGGCAACACCCAGGCCGCCGUCGCGAGCAGCUACUUCAGCCUGCCGCAGUGGACCAGCUACUGGGCCGCCCAGAACUGGAACAACAGCGAGAUGAUGCGCAUGAACAACUCGGACCUGUCGGGCAGCGACGCCACCGUGCUCAUGGUCAACUCGCCCAACAACGUCUACGUCGACCGCGACCGCGACCCGCGGCCCGCCUCGCAGACCCACCUCGUCAUGCGCACCGCCCGCCUGGCCGCCGGCUUCCAGACCGUCGCCGAGAUCGAGUCCGUCUCCACCGGCUUCCGCUUCCUCUCCAUCCGCAUGCUCGCCCGCACCCGCGGCCCGCCCGGCGCCAUCACCGCCAUGUUCACCUACCGCCCGCCCGCGGGCCCGCUGCCCGUGCAGGAGGCCGACCUCGAGAUCCGCACCCGCGACCCGGAGAACGCGGUCCAGUACACGAACCAGCCCUCGUGGAACGCCGACGGCGACAUCCCCGCCGCCACGCGCAACACCACCAUGCCCCGCGGCUCGCGCUGGACCGGCUGGGCCCACUACCGCCUCGACUGGACCCCUUACCUGUCCACCUGGUACGUCAACGGCCAGUUCGCCAGCAGCAUCGCCUUCCAGGCGCCCCGCGACCCGGCGCAGGUCAUCCUCAACUCGUGGAGCGACGGCGGCAGCUGGAGCGGCAACAUGACCGCCAACGCCACGGCCGCCAUGCAGAUACAGUGGAUCGAGAUGGUCUUCAACAACACGGACCCCGUCUACACCAAGUUUGGCAGCUGCAAAAACGUCUGCAGCAUCGAUGAGACGCACGUGGUUGGCACGCCGGUGCUGAUGCCCUCUGGUGGAGACAUCCCUCUCUCCUCCCUACCCCGUCUCGUGGCCGCUACCUACGACAUCUGGGACAUCGAGGCGGCGAUUCUUGUCCAACAGUACGUCAAGGACCAUGAGGCUACCUUUGAGAUCAAGAAGGUUCCCCCUGACAGCGACCAUCGCUCGCCUUCAGAAGUCUCGGUUUGCCGUCACUACGCUUGA